AAGGUAACGAAGAGCGCAUGCGUUGUUAUACCUGAGGUGGCACUUGGUGACAAUUUGCAAAUUAAAGACGACUCCGUGGUCAGUUGAAGUGGGGAACAUUAGAGAGUGAGGUUAAAAACAGAACAGCAUAAUGAGAUUGUGCUGGGUACUUCUGCUUGUCGUAUUAAUUGUGAGUGGCACUGUGAAGGGUGGCAAAGCGCCAAAGGACGACGAUGGCGAUGACAAGGACAAUGGUAAUGUAAAUGAUGAUGACAACGGUAAAGAUGAUAAGGACGAUGAUGAUGAUGAAGAAGAUACAGGCAACAAAGGUAAAGAUGAUGAUGAUGAUGAUGAUGAUGACGAUGAUGAUGAUGACAGUGGAGCAAAAUAUCUAGCCUCCAUGGCUCCGGCUGUGUAUUUAGCAGGAACAACAACUUUGAGAGUGCUUGGUUGAAGACUUGUGAAAUCCAUUCAAAUAAAAAUAAAUAUUUUAAAUCCCUCCUCCAAACAUCGUUGUUUUAUAUUUUACAAAAGAAUAUGACUCAAAACCUAAAAAUAUACCCAUCCAUCCAUUCAACUGCAGUAGUUCUUGCUCUAUAUGCUGGCCAUAUAUUAUAAAAAAAACCUAUUCACAUGUCCUAGUAUUCCAUAUUCUGUAAUAUACUCCUGAUAUUGCUAUUCAAGAACCGCAUUAAAAGGACAGCAAUAUGAAUGGAUAGAUUUACUGUUAAUAUUCUGAGCACGUUUAAGAAGAGAAAGUAAACUGUCCCUCGCUGACAUGCAGUAAUGGCUGAGAACUACCGAUCUGAGAUGUAGUGGAGCUGGUCCAGUCAGCAAAAUCUGCCCUGCAUGAGCACACUACAAUAUUUGUACAUUGAUCAAUGUCUUUUAGAAAGGUCCUGAUUAAGCAGACUGUACUAAUAAGAUUCAAAAUAAGCACAAUAAAAUUACAACACAUGUAUAAUAUUAUAAACUUUUAACUGUUGUUGUAUAAUGAUGAUGGGUAUCAUUGGUAGCAAUUAUUGUGAGCCUAAUUAUUACUUAUAAGCUAUACAUGGUGUCAUCAUGGGGGACAGAGCACUUUCAAAAGUAGUUCUAAAAUAUUAAAAUGACUGUAAAGUUUGUGGUGGUCAUGUGGAGCAAUAUCAGCAGUUUAUUACUUUAUUACAUUAAUUAACUGCUUUUCUCAAAUUCAAUUUUAAAUAUGUCUUGAAUAAUGCUGUAUUUGCAUUUUUUAGCAAAAGUUCACACAGGGUUGCAUUCACUGUUGCAUCUCAAUGGUAGACAAUAUAUUGUUUUUUGCCAUAUAACCUGUUGUGUGGAAUUGUCAGGUGAGGCUCAUGACAGGUUAUGGAAGUCCAUACUUGGCAACUAUGUGUCUCACCUGUAACAGGUUUUGAAUAUCACUUGUCACCCAUAUAUGGCAGGAAAGUAGCCUUUAUGUUCAUAUAACUAGUUUCUGGCAAAUCUUCACUAUGGUUAUAUUGUUACUGUCUUUCUAUCCUUUUUUUAAAAAAAGAUGGUGUCAAAAGCGGUCAAAAGAGUCACAGUGUAGAUUUGAAAACUCAUACCAUAAGAAGCAUCAGACCAUUUACAGGGUAAAGCAAAAUGUACGUAAUGAUACUGCUGUCACUGUUUACAUUGUGUUUACAAGCAUGAAGAUAGUGACUUUAUUGCAGAAAUAAAGGUGCCAGUAUUCAGAAUUGAUGAGGAGGAAGGGGCAUCUUUCCUAGCUUCCAAAGAAAAUACAUCUAUUUGUACCUUUGUUUCUAUGAAAGAAGUUGCUAAUAUGGUGUAUCAUUAGGUAAGGAGCCCUGCACAUAGAUGAUGAUGAUGAUGAUGAUGAACGUGAAACAUCCUUUGAACACUAAAUUACGUUAGAACAGUUCUAUUGUUCUAUGUAACUGUGAUAAGGUAGGCCUACUUAGUUACCUCAGCAGGUAUUCAAACUGUGGAAGUCAUAGUGAGAGCUGAAACUGGGUUCAAGUUGAUAUAAUUGUAUUAGCCCUGUGACCUGCAACAAAUGUUGCCACUGUAUCAAUCUGUUGUACUCACUAACUUAUGGUAAUAAUAAACAUUAUUCCAUCAUAA